GCGAGUGACAGGACCAUCACUAAUAUCAUCCUUAGCUAUUCGCCGAUACCGUGAUGGGAACAUCAAAACUGAAAGACCCUCGAACAUGCCGGAUAUUUUUCUCCUCCCCUUUGGGAAUGGAGGAGGAACGCCAGGAGCUAACGCGGAAAUACUUUCCCCAGAUUCACCAUCUGUGCAACUCGCGGGGAAUUCAAUUUGUGGCUGUGGACAUGAGAUGGGGAAUCACGUCGGAGGCGGCUGAGAACGCCCAGACUGUGAGCAUCUGUCUCCAGGAACUGGAUCGAUGUGAUAUUUUUGUUGGAUUUUAUGGACAGCGCUAUGGUUGGCAUGGAGUUGACAAUGAAAACAUCCAAAAGAAUAUUGACAAUGCAGUGGGCCGCUAUCCAUGGCUGAAAAACUUCCGAGACAGGAGUGUGACGGAGCUAGAGUUCAUUCACGGGCAUCUCAACAGUCCAGGAGAUCUCCCAGCAUGCAUCUGUUUCAGAGACAAGAGAUAUGAUGAAGAGAGGGCAUCAGAGCUGGAAACCUCAGGUGAUGAGAAAGGAGCUAAGAGGUUCAAGAGUGAGGGGGAUGAGGCUUCAAGCAGACUAGCAUCUCUGCGGAAAAGGGUAUAUGACACCAGAGACAAGACAUUGGCUGUGCACAUGGACUAUCUCAACCCCAAAGAAGGAGUGGAGCACAUGUUCACAGCUAUCUGGGAGCACCUGAACAAUGUGCUGCUGGCCAGAGAUGGGGAUGAGGAAGAGUCUGACAGGCUGCUAGAGCUGGCUGACCAUAAUGCUUUCAUGGCAUCCAGACAGGCUCUGUACAUCGGCGGUGACCACUACUUCCAGCAACUCAGCACAGUUCUGUCCUCAGAUGUACCGGUAAGUGAGAAGGUUGUCCUGGUAGCAGAAGCAGGCCAGGGGAAGUCAUCACUCCUGGCCAACUGGGUCUCUCGGGCCAAGGACUCACAUCCAGCAGCCAUUAUAGCCUACCACUUCAUUGCCGCCAGUAAAGAAAGUAGCAAGAAAAAAAACAUCUUGAAACGGUUGACAACAGAAAUCACAGAGGCUCUACCAGAAAAGAAACAGGAAUCCUCGGAAUCAAAGAAUACAGAGAGUGAGGAAAACAUACCUGCUGGAGAAGACACAGGGAAGAAAAAGGGUCAGUCUGAAGUAACCUUGAAAGACACAGGUCAGGGUCCAAAGGGCAGAGUUGAAAGUUCAAAAGAAAAAGGUUCAAAGAACAAGGCUGAUACAAAUUACAAUUCUGAAAAGGACCAGAUAAAAAAUGAGAAGGCGAAGAAUAUACGUGAAAUGAUGACUCUUCUGAUUGGAGAACUAGAGAGAACAAGGACAGAAAAAAGGAUGGUUGUCUUGGUGAUUGAUGGACUAGAUAGGGUAGAAGAGACAAGCGGUAAAGUUGCUAAGCCAGUGUCCUGGUUACCAGACAAAGUUCCAGAUAAUGUGAAGAUUGUUGUGUCAGUGUUGGACACUGAGCCAGGUAUUAUUCAGGAGCUUGUGACUGCAAGGAAGUACCAGAAGAUUACCCUAGAGGGCCUACAACUGAAAGACAGGAUAGAGAUAUGUAUGAAAACUCUGAAGGAGAGUGGAAAAGAGUUGUCUAAGGAACAGCUGCAGAAGAUUGUUGGAAAAGAUCUGACGAGAAAUGCCCUCUUCCUUAAGAUUAUCAUAGCUGAACUCUCUGUGUUUGGGUCAUUUAGGAAACUGGAUGAAAAGAUAAAUGACCUUUUGUCAUCUGACAGCAUUCGAGAUCUUUGUAUGAAAAUCCUGGAGAGACUGGAGUCAGAUUACAACACAGAAGACCAGCCAGAUGUUGUACAACAGGUACUGAAAUUGCUUCAGGUGUCUCAUGAAGGUCUGACUGAGAUGGAACUCAAGGAGAUACUGGAUAUCUCUCUCCAGGUGUGGUCACCAUUGUACUUUGCCUUGGAACAGUAUAUUGUUGUCCAGUCAGGUCUGAUCAGUUUCUCUUUCUCUGAGCUUGGUAACGCUGUAGCAGAGAGAUACUUGAAUACAUCUGAAGACAGAUUAAAUAGUGUGAAAUGUCUCAUCAGCUACUUUGAUAAGAAGCGAAAGGCAUUUGACAUUUAUCCAAGACCUGCUGAAUCAUUGUUGAGGAGGCCCGCUAUGGAGUUGUCAUGGUUACAGAAGGCGAUAGAUGACAAAGAUGGCCUGACUACAACACUGACUGAUAUACUUAUGUCUUACUUCCUGAUCAGGAAGAAUGAAUAUGAGCUUCUUGAGUUGUGGAAGUCAACUGGUCACACGUUUACAGACAUUGCCGACAUGUAUGUCAAGUCAUUUGACAAGGCACUCGUGGCCGUUUACUGCCAAGAAAAAGACAAUGUCUUUGAACCCAGUGAUCAGUCAACACCACCUGGGGAAAGACUGCUAUAUCUUUUGGAAAAUUUGAGGUUCUUCAUGGACAUGGCUGGUUGCACUGAAGGAAGUAUCAGGAUCCUGAGCCGCAUUACAGAUUUAUUGGAGAACCUGGAGGGGAAGUGGAAGGAGGAACCCGAGCGCCUGCAGCUUCUAGCAGAGCACCAGUACUACCUGGCCUGUUGUGACUGUGAUAACGGCAACUACCACAGGGCAGAGGAAUUGCACAAGAAGGUGAUGAAGUACUGGAGGACGGGUGUACAGAGUGGUGAGAUCGAUAAAAAGAAAGGCGAGGAGAGAAUGGGAUGGUGUUAUAAUGGACUUGGUCUUGUGUACUAUAACCAGAAACAGUAUGUUGAGGGAGAAAUGAUGUUCAGAGACUCUAUUGCCAUUCAUGAGAAACACAAGAAUAUUCGUUGGGCUGCUGAUGCCUGGACAAAUAUUGGUCUUAUCAGCCUUGGUAUGAAGAAACCAAAAGAGGCAAUAAAGCAUUUAGAGAAGUCUUUAAAGCUGUAUGAAGAGCACUUUUUUGACACCAUACCUCAUAGCAUUGGGAACGUGUACACCAACCUGGCCCUGGCAUACAGACGGGAUAACAAGUUGGAUAAGGCAGAGGAAUUCUACCAAAAGUCCCUUGAUCUAAAGAUCCAGGCAGUCGGCAAUGAACACCCUAUAACUGCAACUGCGUAUAUGAAUCUAGGCACUCUGAAUGCACACAGGAAGAAUUAUGCCAUGGUUCAGGAGUAUACGGAGAAAGCUCUUCACAUAUACAAGAUCAACCAGUUUCACCAAGAUAAUCAGUCAUACUGGUUUUGUAAGGAGAAUAUGGCAAACUGCCUGCUGAGACAGAACAAGAUCAAGGAAGCUGAACCCGUACUUCUGGGAUGUCUUUGAUGUCCAAACGAGGCUUGGACGCAUGGCUGACUGUAUUCCAUACGUUCACCACACAAUAUCUGAACACUACAUCGAUAGCGGGGAGUAUGACAAGGCUGACCGUAUCCUUACAG